CAGCACCUCAGAGCAAAGAAUAUGCCUUGAGAUGUCUCACAUUCCCCUCUCUCUCUCACUCUCAAACACGCACUGAAAAUAUCCAAGCUCCCCUCUCCCUGAUUGACUACAAAGAGCACAUCAACAAAGAACCCCAAAUAAUUUAAUCUCACCAUGCCCAAUUCUUCUCUCUCCCUCGCCACUUCCACUUCUUACUCGCUCCUACCUCCACUCUUCAAUUCCGGAGUUUCUCGCUCUUGUGCAUCCAGGAAAAGAAAUCCCAUCACUCUAAAUUGUGUAAAUGCUCGAUCUUUGCAGCAGGGGAGGCUUAGGAGUAGUGCUGAAUUGAGAAUUAUGAGAGUGAGAUCGUCUAAUAAUGAAGGUAGCAGCAGCAAUGUAACAAUUACGGAGCAUAAUGUAGGAGAGGAAGAGGAUAAAUCUCCUACUCCGCCUGAGCAAGAGGCCAAUUCGAGGCCUAGGCGCAUCGCCCUCUUUGUUGAGCCAUCUCCAUUUUCUUAUGUCUCUGGAUAUAAAAAUAGGUUCCAGAAUUUCAUUAAAUACUUGCGCGAAAUGGGUGAUGAGGUCAUGGUUGUAACGACCCAUGGAGGACUGCCUGAAGAGUUUUAUGGAGCUAAAUUGAUUGGAUCAAGAAGCUUUCCUCUUCCCUGGUACCGGAAUGUGCCUUUGUCACUGGCACUUAGCCCAAGAAUAAUCUCAGCGGUUGCAAGAUUCAAGCCUGACAUCAUACACGCGUCAUCCCCUGGAAUUAUGGUGUUCGGUGCUCUCCUCAUUGCGAAAUUACUAUCCGUACCAAUAGUGAUGUCGUAUCACACCCAUAUUCCUGUAUAUAUCCCAAGAUACACUUUCAGUUGGUUGGUAAAACCAAUGUGGUUGGUUUUAAAAUUUCUGCAUCGGGCUGCUGAUCUUACACUGGUGCCUUCAGUUGCUAUUGCAAAUGAUCUAGAAGCAGCAAGAGUGACAGCAGCUAACAGAAUACGGCUCUGGAACAAGGGUGUUGAUUCCGAGAGCUUCAACCCUCGCUUUCGCUCCCAUGAAAUGAGACUAAGAUUGAGCAAUGGAGAACCAGACCGACCGUUGAUAGUUCAUGUAGGGCGUCUUGGAGUCGAGAAGAAUUUGGAUUUCUUGAAAAGUGUCAUGGACCGGCUGCCAGAAGCUCGUAUAGCCUUCGUCGGGGACGGACCAUACAGGGCGGAGCUGGAGCAGAUUUUCCACGGUAUGCCUGCAAUAUUCACAGGGAUGCUACAAGGAGAAGAGCUCUCACAAGCAUAUGCUAGCGGAGAUAUCUUCGUCAUGCCCUCUGAGUCAGAGACUCUGGGGUUCGUCGUCUUGGAGGCCAUGUCGUCCGGGCUUCCCGUCGUGGCUGCUCGUGCCGGAGGAAUCCCGGACAUCAUCUCCCAAGAGCAACAGGGAAGCACAGGCUACCUGUACAACCCCGGAGACAUUGACGACUGCUUGAGCAAACUUGAACCUCUUCUGCACGACCAACAACUCCGGGAAACCAUCGGCAAAGCAGCGCGUGCGGAGAUGGAGAAGUAUGACUGGAGGGCUGCGACUCGGAAAGUCAGAAACGAGCAAUACACCGCUGCGAUCUGGUUCUGGAGGAAGAAGAGAGCGCAGUUCUUGCGACCUUUCCAGUGGCUGCUCCGACGGCGGCUUCGCUCUCCCGCCGUCCAAACGUAAGCCUGCACUUUUGAAACCUAAUCCUACAAAUUACAAUGCCUGUCUGUCUGAUUUUGAUCUGAUGAUAGAUAUAUGAAGAUUGCAGAAAGGUUGUGUUGUGUAGACAAAGGUAGCUUAACUGUAUAGCAUAUGUUGUGUGUAAGAUAAUGGAUUAGUUAAUAGAAUCAUCUUUCGUCUA